CGGCGGCGGCGGCGGCGGCGGCGGCGGCGGCGGCGGCGGCGGCGGCGGCGGCGGCGGCGCUGCUGAGAGGCAGGGACCCGAGCGCGAAGUGUGUGGGAGUCUACGAACUCAACCCCUCUCUACCCUCCCCUCGCAGCCAUCCCCCUCCCUCCCCGCCAGCCCCCCCUACAAGCGGGAGAAAUAAUGAGCGAGACCGGGCGGCAGCAGCAGCAUCGCCGAGCAGCCCAGGCAACGGCAGAACCGCUCCGGCAGCGGCGGCGGCGGCAGCACCAGCAGCGGGAGCGAGCGCAGCGCUAGCGCGGCGCGGGGAUCGCCGCGCUCCUUCCCGGCUCCUGCCCUCCUCCGCCGCUCGCUCCUCUCUCCGCAUCCACCUCCUUCCCCUCCUCCUGCUCAUUCACUCUUUCCCUCACUCUCCCCUCCUCCUCGGCUUCUCCCCGCGCCCCGCCAGCCCUCGCGCUCUCCCACUCCCUCUGCCCGUCCUCCCCGCUCCCCUCCUCCCGCUCAUUCACUCGCCCCUCUCCCUUCACUCUCUCCCCCUCUCUCCUUUCUUCUCCUUCUUUCACCCUCCGUCUCUCACACCCCCUCCAUUCCCCUGUCUCCUUUCUGACACUGCACUGCAGCUGCUCCUCAGCCCUGCCCCCUCCCCAGUGAGAACAAACCAGCAACAUAGCUUUUUUUUCCUAAAGAGAUUUCUAUUGAUCCGAUUAAAAAAAAAAAACAAAAACCUCAAGAAACCCCAAACGCAAAAAAAAAAAAAAAGAAAGAAAAGAAAGAAAGAAAGAAAAGGGAAAAAAAAAAAAAGAAAGAAAGAAAAGAAAGAAAAAAAAAGCCAAAACAAAAGGGAGAACCUUCUCCCUGUAGCAGCGGCAGGAACUGCAAACAUGAUGGCGGCAGCUCCCAUCCAGCAGAACGGGACCCACACUGGGGUUCCCAUAGACCUGGACCCGCCGGACUCGCGGAAAAGGCCGCUGGAAGCCCCCCCUGAAGCCGGCAGCACCAAGAGGACCAAUACGGGCGAAGACGGCCAGUAUUUUCUAAAGGUUCUCAUACCUAGUUAUGCUGCUGGAUCUAUAAUUGGGAAGGGAGGACAGACAAUUGUUCAGUUGCAAAAAGAAACUGGAGCCACCAUCAAGCUGUCUAAGUCCAAAGAUUUUUACCCAGGUACUACUGAAAGAGUAUGCUUGAUCCAGGGAACAGUUGAAGCACUGAAUGCAGUUCAUGGAUUCAUUGCAGAAAAAAUUCGAGAAAUGCCCCAAAAUGUGGCCAAGACAGAACCAGUCAGUAUUCUACAACCCCAAACCACCGUUAAUCCAGAUCGCAUCAAACAAACAUUGCCAUCUUCCCCAACUACCACCAAGUCCUCUCCAUCUGAUCCCAUGACCACCUCCAGAGCUAAUCAGGUAAAGAUUAUAGUUCCCAACAGCACAGCAGGUCUGAUAAUAGGGAAGGGAGGUGCUACUGUGAAGGCUAUAAUGGAGCAGUCAGGGGCUUGGGUGCAGCUUUCCCAGAAACCUGAUGGGAUCAACUUGCAAGAGAGGGUUGUCACUGUGAGUGGAGAACCUGAACAAAACCGAAAAGCUGUUGAACUUAUCAUCCAGAAGAUACAAGAGGAUCCACAGAGUGGCAGCUGUCUCAAUAUCAGUUAUGCCAAUGUUACAGGUCCAGUGGCAAAUUCCAAUCCAACCGGAUCUCCUUAUGCAAACACUGCUGAAGUGUUACCAACUGCUGCCGCAGCCGCAGGGCUCUUAGGACAUGCUAACCUUGCUGGCGUUGCAGCCUUUCCAGCAGUCUUAUCUGGCUUCACAGGCAAUGACCUGGUGGCCAUCACCUCUGCACUUAAUACUUUAGCCAGCUACGGAUAUAAUCUCAACACAUUAGGUUUAGGUCUCAGUCAAGCAGCAGCAACAGGGGCCUUGGCUGCAGCAGCUGCCAGUGCCAACCCAGCAGCAGCAGCAGCCAAUUUGUUGGCCACCUAUGCCAGUGAAGCCUCAGCCAGUGGCAGCACAGCUGGUGGUACGGCGGGGACAUUUGCAUUAGGUAGCCUGGCUGCUGCUACUGCUGCAACCAAUGGAUAUUUUGGAGCUGCUUCUCCCCUAGCUGCCAGUGCCAUUCUAGGAACAGAAAAAUCCACAGAUGGAUCAAAGGAUGUAGUUGAAAUAGCAGUGCCAGAAAACUUAGUUGGUGCAAUACUUGGCAAAGGAGGGAAAACAUUAGUGGAAUACCAGGAGUUGACUGGUGCAAGGAUACAGAUCUCCAAAAAAGGAGAAUUCGUACCUGGCACAAGGAAUCGGAAGGUAACCAUUACUGGAACACCAGCUGCAACACAGGCUGCUCAGUAUUUAAUUACACAAAGGAUCACAUAUGAGCAAGGAGUGCGGGCUGCCAAUCCUCAGAAAGUGGGUUGAGCGCCCCAAUUAUACAUCAGAUUAUUUUAACCCCUCCUUUACCCCAUUUUCAAGAAGGAUGUACUGUACUUUGCAGAAGUGAAGUUUUUCUGUUA